ACAAUUUCUGUUCCAUUGGAUUUACUUGCCCAGGCAGAACAUCUUGUUCAUUACACUGUCCCUCCCGACAACGACGGACAACCGGGCUCAGAAGUCGUUACGCUCUAUGACGGUCCGUCGAUAGCCCCAAUGGUCGCAGAUGGAGUCAGGCGGUACGAAAGGCGCAUUACCCGGGCCGCAGACUUUUGCAAAAUUCCCGUCCCUGCUAUGACAAUCGCAUUUCCAGCGCAUGAGAUGGACCACUGUCGUGCAUCCAGAAGGAUCUCGCUACUUUGUGAACCAGGAAAAUAGAACAUGCACAGAAAUGAAUGUUUGUGACGAAGAAAUAUGCGGUGACAUCGAAUGGUACAUGCAGUACUUAUUGCGUGCACUGGAGUCUAAGUGUGAGGGGCGUGAGCUUGACAUGAUGCAGGUGGACCUUGUGCUUGAGCCGAAGAAGGCUCCUGACUCUGACAGCAUCAUUUGUUGGUAUUAUUUCGUCAACCAUCGUGACAGGUGUCUCUUUUGGUUGGAUGAAUUCGAUACCGAGUAUAUUCUCUCCCAUUGUAAAGGCGUUGAAAGUCUUUCGCACAUACAGCUUUCUAUUCAAGCACAAUACUGGAAACAUUGGGAUUACUUCCCUAGCCUGUGCUCGGUUACGCAGAACCUUGUCGAUGAGGUCAAGGAUAUGUUGGUGCAUGCGACAUGUGAUCACUUAACGUCCAGGCGGUCUUCUGCGCCAUACGAUCUCAUCCAGCUCAGGGAUUACAUUUCUGUGAUAGACAAUGUCAAUGUUUAUUCCCCUACGGAUCAGAGCGCGCAACGAUGCCACCCCGCAAUCGUCAUUGGUCGAAUAAUGCAUACAUUCAGUCACUCUCGCUUCUUGGAUUUCCACGGGGAGGACUGCGCGAGACUGAUCUUUGGUCAGACAGUGCACGGUUGGGCGUAUGAACCGUCCCUGUUGAUGCUUAUUCUCGCACCCCUCCUGUUCUUGGACCCCGUGACUCAAGUCAAAGAACUGCACAAUAUUUUUGCUGACAGAAUUGCCUGCACACCACGGUGGGAUGCAUACACUUCGAAAUUAAGGGGGCAGCUUCAGGACUCCAAUCUCAUGGCCACUGUCUUGCUCAAUGCCAACGUCGGGUUUCUGGCUAUCAACACUGUUGAUAAGGGCGGUAGAUCUGCCGUUCAAAUGGCAAGCUACAUGUCCCUUGUGACGAGCUUGGGAAGUAUAGUUCUUGGCUUGCUCUUUGUCUCCCAAGAUCGAACAUGUGGACAAAAGACAGCUGAGGAAAUAGCAUUAUUCCUAACAAGCCUUCACGAUGAGAGACACGGACUUGAAAAGUUGGCCAUCAUCUACAGCCUUCCCAAGGCCUUGCUGAUGUGGGGCAUGGUCUUCUUCUGUGCGGCAUUCUCAAUCGAUUGGUGGAGUUCCGGGGAUGCCACCUCCAAGGCCGUUGUUGGUAGUGUGACGCUGAUCGUAUUCGUGAUGAUUUCAAACAGCAUCAUUCGGACCAGGGAAGGAGAGAACUCGCUGCAUGGAGAAGAGCGCAGAGAGACGUUGACAGCGAGCAAGGAGUCGACCUGGCUCCGAUGGGUACAACGUAAUCAUGAGCCGAUGAUGCUCCACCGUGCAGCACCUCGUAGUUUUCAACCUGAAAUACCCUGAAAUACCCGGCACAUCAUGAAUUCAUCCCAAUUCUUUAUCCCACACUCUGCUACCCUAUUGCCUCCGUGGAUUCACCGCUGCAGUAUCAAUCGGACAGUUGCCUGUCAAGAGAUUGGAGCGAUAGUUUUCCCAUAUGCUGCACUGACGC